AUGAAGUUCCUCAAGACUGGUAGAGUCGCGAUUAUCACCCGGGGCCGCUUCGCCGGAAAGAAGGUCGUCAUCGUCAAGGUGAUGGACGACGGUUCUAAGUCCCACCCCUUCGGUCACGCUUUGGUUGCCGGUAUCGAACGCUACCCCUCUAGAGUCACCCGCUCCAUGUCGAAAAAGAAGGCUGCUGGUCGCUCUAAGGUCAAGCCGUUCGUUAAGGUCAUCAACUACAACCACUUAAUGCCCACCCGUUACACUCUCGAGCUCGAGACUCUGAAGGGAGUCAUUUCUCAGGAUACCUUCAAGGAGCCUUCACAGAGGGAGGAUGCCAAGAAGACCAUCAAGAAGGCCUUCGAGGAGAGGUAUCUGACCGGAAAGAACAAGUGGUUCUUCACUCCUCUGCGGUUCUAG